AUCUAUUGUUUUUAAUAUUUUCCGUGUUUGGACGCAUAUCAAAACCUACCAAUCCGUGUUUGCUACUCAGCCGUCGGAAGGGGCUUGUUUGUUUGGGCAUUUUUUUGUUUUAGCUUGAAUCACAUCGGUAGCGCGAUGAAGCUAGUUAGGUUUCUGAUGAAAUUGAGCCAUGAGACGGUCACCAUGGAGUUGAAAAAUGGCACGCAGGUGCACGGCACCAUCACGGGCGUCGACGUUGCGAUGAACACGCAUCUCAAGGCGGUAAAGGUGACGGUGAAAAAUCGUAACCCCGUUACUUUGGACACGUUAACGGUCCGCGGAAAUAAUAUCCGGUACUACAUACUGCCCGACAGUUUGCCGUUGGAGACGCUGCUGAUCGACGACACCCCGAAGGCCAAAGCCAAAAAGAAAGAGAGCGCGCGCGGCGCCACCAGGGGCAGAGGCAGGGGUCGCGGCAGGGGCGGCCCGAGAGGUCGCGGCAGAGGCAGAGGCAGACGAUGAGAGAUUAUGG